UGAAGGGACGGGGAAGCAUAGAACAGCUCGCCACGGCUUGUCCCGUGUGUAACGUGAUGACAGCUUCACGUACGGAGACCCACAGCCACCCGUGGACCACCGUGGGUCACUUUCUACCGUCACCAUGCUCUCCUGGCCUUCGGGUUCGUUUAGGAAGAAGCGAUUCGGUUCAGCCCGUGUUGAAGCGUAGGUGCUGAGAAAAGUUGUGUCACAUAGGGGAGGCAACUCUGCCACAACACCACCUCACACAUCACCGGCCUGAAGAAGUUGGAUAUCUAGUCUGACUGGGUCUAACGGCCUGAUCCGGGGAUUUCAACGGGGCAUAGAAACAACUCACAGGUUAUGAGGAAUGGAACCGGGCUCGGUGGUGCGUGCCGUGUUUGAGUUCCUCCCCAGCGUCUCGGAGGAGCUCCCGCUUUUCCCUGGCGAUGUCAUCGAGGUCCUGGGUGUAGUGGAUGAGUUCUGGUUGCUUGGUAACAAAGAUGGCAUCACGGGCCAGUUCCCCAGCACCUUCGUGGAAGAGGUUACAAUCCCCAGCACCAAGCCUGGAGACAGACUCUAUGUGUGCAUCAAUGAUUUCAGCUCUACAGAGUCAGGGACUCUGCCCUUGAAGAGAGGUGAUGUGGUCGUGGUAGAGACAGGAGGGUCCAUGAACCGUAGAGAUUCAUGGCAACGAGGCUGUAAUGCUUGGGGUCUCCGUGGACCUUUUCCUGUGUCGUGUGUGAAGGAGCUGAACCUCUCUGGUCGAUCGAGGCAGCUGUCAGAGCGUUCAGCUCAGGCCCAGGCUUCAGAGCUCCCACCUUACGCACUAGGUCAAGCCCGGGCUCUUAUGAGCCUCCACGCGCAGCUCAAUGAAGAGCUGGACUUCCGUGAGGGUGACCUGAUCAUCAUCACAGGACGUCCCGAGCCAGGCUGGUUUCAGGGGGAAUUAGAGGGCCAAAGGGGCAUAUUCCCAGAGGGGUUUGUGGAACUCCUGGGUCCCCUCCGGUCUCCUCAAGUCCCAGAUGAUGGGCAGUAUUUAGAUGAAGACGCCUCGGAGUUAAUGUGCAAGAAGGCCUAUAUUGCUGGAGAGGGGACUGAAGAGGAAGUUAUGGAAGAGGGGGAAGUUUUUAUUGAUCAAGAAGAAGAACAACAGCAGGAAGGUGUCAGAAAGGAAGAGCAUGAGGAGGAGGAGGAGGGUCUGUAUGGGGUUGCACUGUAUGAGUUUCGGGCCCUAGAGUCAGGCGAAUUGGACUUUAACGUGGGAGAUCGCAUUCGUAUUGUGAACACUUUGGAAGACGGCUGGCUGGAGGGGGAACUGCGUGGACGGCGAGGAAUCUUCCCUCAUCGUUUCAUCAAAAUGGAAGAAAAUGAGCAGAAAACUACAGAAGAAAGAAAUGUUGAAGAAGAGAAGGAGAAUGGAGGCAUUGAAGAAAACUCUAACCAUGUAGGUUCCAAUAGCUCAGAAAAUGUGCCUGAAUUAAGGUUGUAUGAGGAUCAUACUGUGUGGGACUUGGACUACUUUGAGAGGAAUGAAGAGCAAAGCUUUCUGCAUGAAUAUAACAGUGCCACGGCUCAGACUAAUACCAGGGAGCAGAAUGAAGUGAGUAUAAGACUUCAGACGCAACCACAUAGACCGGUGCCCCCACCUCACAAGCCACCUGAGAGACCCAGAUCUACUCCUCUGGCGAGGCCUAGACUGCCUCCUCGGCCAAGCCUACCUCCGCAUCACUCUGGGCAACAGAUAAGCCCAAAGUCAAAUGGAAACCUGUCAAGCUAUUCCAACACUAACCGACGACCAUUACAACCUAAACGAACUCGGAGCCUUCAUAACAAACCACCUAGUCUUGGCAAGGCUUUAAUUACCGUCAUAGAAGGACCUAAACAACAAAGACUCACUCGCCAUGCCAGUGUAAGUGAUGCUGACAUGAAGCAGAGUGCUGCUGCACCUUCACAUUAUCAAAAUAAGACACAAGACCCUAAUGGGAUACUCCCGGCGUCCAUCACCUUGGAAGCCCUGGCAACAUCAGCCAGUGACCUGGAAGCCAAGCUGUCCCAGCAGCUUUUUGAGUUUGAGAAAAGCUUGACUACUUCUUACAGUGAGACCAAUGUGAGCUCUGCUGCUUUUAGGAAUACUUCACCCUCUGACCUGAACCAGCAAUCCCAUGUCUCCCGGCACUUUUCCAUUCUAGGCUUCAGCAAUGAAAACGACAUUAUCAGAGGCUCCUCGCAUUCCCCCGUCUCCAACCUUUUGCAUUCUAACACCUCCUCAUUGGAGAGGCACAGAACCCUUCGUCCACCUCCUCCUCGUCCUCGAGUCCAUUGCCCACCGGCCCCCACUGCGUACAGACCAACUCGCCCUGCUCCUCGCCCCCCUCCUCGCUCACCGAGACAAAAUGGCUCUUAUCCAGCCUGCAGGGCCAGAACAAAUAGCCCCAUCUUCCACAGUCUUGACAAAACAGUCAGCAAUGUCCAGGCUGAGUUAGGUGACCCCAUGGCCACCCAUGAAAAUGAAACCCUGCAAGAUACUGAGCAAGACCUGAACAGGGAGAUGGAGGCAGAAACUGAGAAGCAGAAGGAGGAAAGGUACCAAGUGCUGCUGCGACUCCAGGAAGUGGAGCAUGAGAUGGAGGAAUAUGCUCAGACUGCUGAGGAACUCAGGGCAAUGUUAGAGGAGGAGGAAGAGGAGACGGCACGCUUGCAGACGUUAGAGAAUCUGGAGUUCUGUAACUACACACUGGAAACUCUGGCCUUGGAGCAGCAGCAGCUACAAGAGAUGACGCUGCUGUCAUCACAACCCAAACCCCUGGACUCCGUCCCAGUCUCUGACGAAGCCCCCUCUGCCGCCAGGGGCCCCGAGGAUCCUGAGCAGAGGAUGCUGGAGAAGAGGUUAAAGGUCAUCGAGGAGUUGCUUCAGACCGAGGAGGACUACAUCAAUGACCUGCAAAUGUGCAUCAAUGAGAUCAUUGUGCCGCUGCAAAAGAAGAAGGUCAACGUGGACUUUGAAGGACUUUUUGGGAACAUCAGCUCUGUGAUUGAUCUUUCCCAACGGCUGUUAAAUGGACUGCAUGAUACAGACUCAAUAGGAGUUGUCUUUCUGGACCACAAAGAUGAACUGGAGGAGGUGUACAAGCUCUACUGCCAAAACCACGAUGAUGCCAUCUCCCUGCUGGAGACCUACGAGAAAGACGAAAACGUACAGCGCCACGUGUUGGAGUGCCUUGAGAAACUGAGGGCAAUGUACCGUGAGCGGGGUAAAACUAAUUACAUCAACCUCGGCUCAUUCUUGAUCAAGCCGGUGCAGCGAGUGAUGCGCUACCCGCUGCUGCUGUCGGAGCUGCUGGGGGCCACGCCAGAGAGCCACCAGGACCGGCGCCAGCUCUCGCAGGCGGUGCAGGCCGUCAAGGAGAUCAACGUGAACAUCAACGAAUACAAGCGCAGGAAGGAUCUUGUGAUGAAAUACAGGAAAGGAGAGGAAAACACUUUCAUAGACAAGAUCUCCAAGCUGAGCAUGCACUCCAUCAUCAAGAAGUCCAACCGAGUCAGCAGCCACCUCAAACAUCUCACGGGAAUGUCUCUUCAGAUUAAAAGUGAAGAGUUUGAUGAUGCUGAAAAGAAGUUCAGGCUGCAGGAGAGACUCAUCAAGACAUUCAUCAGAGACAUUUCCUUGUACCUGCAGCAUAUCAGGGAGUCUGCAUCUGUGAAGGUCUUGGCUGCCAUCAGUUUCAGUGACAUCUACACAGAACGCAGCGUUCUGGAUCCUGAGCGCUUCCAGAGAGCUCACCGCAGCAUCAGCGACAAACAGUUCACUCUGUAUAAGGAGCGCACAGAGGUGCUGGUCAUCAAGCCUCUCUCCCAGCUCCUCCUCAUGUUCGCCGGGCCACACAAACUCAUCCAGAAACGCUUCGACAAGCUGCUCGACUACGACAACUGCAAGGAGCGAUCCGAUCGCCUGAAGGACCGCCGCGUGCGAGACGAGCUGCAGGUGGCCCGCAACAACUACGAGGCGCUGAACGCCCAACUCCUGGACGAGCUGAAGAAGUUCAACGGCAUGGCGGAGGAGCUGUUCAAAGACUGCGUGAGAGCCUUCGCUCAGACCCAGAAGGACUUCAUGAAGAUGACACUGGGAGAGCUGGGGCCCCUCCUGCAGUUUUCUAACAAAGUCAGCGUAGAAGGAAACCUGAUCACGCAGUUUCAAGAGGAGUACAACCAGGUCCUCAAACUCCUGCAGAGCUUUAGUUUCUGCCCGGAGAACCUGCCACAGCCAACCACAACCCAGAAGAAGAUGUUUGAGAAGAAAACGCUGGAGAAACAGACCUCAAAGAAGCAGCUUCAGGGACUUCCCAACCACAUUGUCCAGACGCACGAGCAUCGCUCUGCUCUUCUGGUUUCUUACGGUCAUGAGAAACUUUACCAGGCGGAGAGGAACUUUAACGCAGCUCAGGAUCUGGACGUUUCUAUACAAGAGGGAGACCUUGUGGGUGUAAUAAAGCAGCAGGACCCCUUGGGUAGCAACAACCGCUGGCUGAUUGACAAUGGAGUCACCAAGGGAUUCGUGUACAGCUCCUUCCUCAAACCAUACAACCCCCGCAGGAGCCAGUCAGACUUGUCCAUCGAGAGCCAGUCGUCCAAUGAGUCCGGUUACGGCGGCUCCUCGCCCGUUUUCUCCCGUCAGAACAGCAACAGCACGCUGACCUUCAACCAGGAGACGGCCACCGUCAGCUUCUCCACAUCGCAGCCCCAGAACCACCCAUUGCCCCAGCCGUCACUGGACUCUGCCUCAUCUCGCCAGAGUCACCCCAAAGAGACACCGCCUAACCCCGACACCAUCAGCCAGAACUCCUCAACUCAAAAUUCCUCGAACCGCAGAGACUACUCUGACCAAACUCACAGGAACACUGCCGGUCACAGGGACGCGGAGCCAUCGUUCCGGAACACGGGCGGCAACAGAGACUCGUACGAUUUAAGGUACGAGAGCAGAAACAGAGACACGUUGGACUACUCUGAGACGGACUCCUCUUCAUCUCAGAAGAACAGCAGCAGAUCCAAAAGACAUGGACACGCAGAGAAAAACUACAGUUCACAACCGUGGAGUGGAGAUGGUACCAUCCCGAGGAGGUCUGCUUACACACGAGAGGAGUACAAGGAGCCAGAACCGGAACCAGAAACUGAACUAGACGGUCAUCAGAUUUACUACGCUCUGUACUCCUUCAACGCCCGCUGCACCAACGAAAUGAGCAUCUCCGCGAACGAGCGGCUGCGGAUCCUGGAGUUCCAGGACUUGAAUGGAAACAGCGAAUGGUGGCUGGGGGAAGCCGACGGAGGAAGACGAGGAUACGUGCCUUCAAACUACAUCCGCAAAUCCGAAUACACAUGAACAAGUUUUCCCACGAGGAGGACACUUCCAGCUCAAGAACUUUGUGAGCAUUAAGAGAGCAAAAGAAAAACAAGCAUAUCGCUGUAACUUAUUCUGAAUCUGGUUGUCGUGGGGUUUGAUAUGGAGAUCUGGUGUCACAAACUCUUUCUCCAGGCAUCAUCAUAUGCCUGUAUUUAUAUACUUUCUUUUAAAGAUGUUUUUUACUAACUGGAAGGUGCCCUUUGACCUUCUGUUCUCAGAUUAAAACCUGUAAAUUGCCAGACUUUCUGAUGCAGAGGACUGUCUGUUUGCAUGUUGGAGUGAAACAUUGGAAGACUGCAAUGGAAAUGAGAAUCCUGAAUCCUUGGGGUUAUUUUGUUCCCCAUUAUAUGGCUUUUGACACCUCUGUUGCAGUGCAGAAGCAAAAGAUGGAUGUCUGCCAUGCUGUCCAACAAUCAACCUUUGAGGCACUUAUUUUGGCUGCAUGUUUGGGGUGUGUGCUGAACAAUCACCAACAGCUUGAGGUGUUGUGUGGCAUCAACAAAAGCCAUCUGGGUUCAGAUCGGGACAGAAAUAAACUGCAUAAGGUUUCCGAGCUCUCCUUUAGAUCUAGUUUCUUUUUUUUUAACCCGGCAAGCUGCAUCUUCCUGUAAGGAACGUUGUGGACUGAUUCAGUUCCUCUCCACAUACUUCCCAUGUACAUUUUGGGCCAUAUGAAGCUGUGUAUAAAGACUUGUGAUCUUGUGCCCAAUGUAAAACUAAUCACUCGUUGAAUUAAAAUACUGAAACAA